AGCACCGGUUUGUUGUCCUGCGUAUAACUUAAACUAACCGCAAGCUAACAGUUUGUGUUUCAUUUUUCGCUUUUAAAAGUGUAAAACAUGUCUCACACAACAGUCAAACAGAAGAGACCCGCUCUGAAAGUCGCCAGGUCAUCCAAAACACUGAAUGUAUCAUCUGGGGUAUUUCGUGUGAAUCAAAGCAUCACAAAGACCAUCAACCCUUCAUUUAGUGGAAAGAGCUUCAGCUCAGGAAGUGACAGUAAAGUUCUGGACAAGAGCUUGGCUCAAACACCAAAACACACUGUACAGGUGUUUGAUGAACAUGGACAGGACGUCACUCCUCACCCAUUAUAUAAUCCAGAUCCUGGGGUUGUACAAGCUAAACAGGGAAAAAUAUUCCCUGCACAUGAAACGUCAUGGGCUACCAUGACAGAAUUUCCCUCAAUAGCCUUCCAGACCACCAACGCAAGCUUCACUGGACCGUUUACAAGGUCUUUUUUCGGAAGCACUUCAGCAUCCAGAACAAGCCAAACGGCAGAAUCAGUGACUGAUGAAACUAAAGAUUUGAUAGUGAAACCAGACUUGUCCAGCAGUCUUUCAGAUGUUCAGGCUCGUAGGGAGGAGGUGAAGGAGCAGGUCAGGGAGGACAUAAUGGACAAGGUGGUGGAUUGUUAUUUGACUGAGACAGAGACCAUCUGGCUGCUGGACAUUCCUGCAGUGUCCGUGUCAGUAGAUUCAGAGGACGCUGAAGCAGUCAAGGCAAGAAACAACGCUUACACAGAAUUGUGUAAAAACAGACAAGGCAAUGAUAAGUAUGUGGAGCGCUCAAUGCAAACAUUCAAUGAUGCACCAAAGACAAAGGAGGUCCAAAGUGAUAGCAUUACAAUGGUAGACAAAGCUGUCAUGUCCACCACUUGGGACAUGUAUGAUUCAUUCUGCAAUAAAAGUGAUGUCAGUGAAAACACUGUGGUGUCUGCUGAAGAAAAUAAGGCUACUGUCCCAGACUCCUCCUCAGUGAGUCACCUCCUCAACCCUAGUGUUCCUGACCAAAGCAUGUCUGUGUUUAGCACCACCAGUACAGUCAGUGGCUCAAGCGCUCAUCUUGAAAAGAUGACUGUGCUUCCGGUGGAGGAAGAGCCAGACCUCGAGCUGAUCUUACAGUCGGACAAAUUCAAGCAGGAUCUGGCUGUGAUGGAAAGAGUGGUUCUGGCCAAUAUCUUCCAGCCCAAGCUUGCUGCAUACAGACAGCUGCCUGUAAUAGAGGACCCAGACUAUGUGCAGACGCAAAUGGAGGAGGAAAGCUGGACAGAGCAGUCUAAAAACUCCUUGAGCCCAUUCCUUGAGCAUCUCUGGGCCUUCAAGUGUGAACUCACAGUGGGACGAAAUGUUAGCAGUAUGACCUGGAACAAGAAAAACCCUGAUCUUCUUGCGGUGGGAUAUGGACAGCAUGAGUUCAAAGAUCAGAAACCUGGACUUGUGUGCUGCUGGUCUUUGAAGAACCCCACGUGGCCUGAUCGAAUCUUUCAUUGUGAGAGCGGAGUCACUGCACUGGAUUUCUCAGCUUGUAAUGCCAAUCAGUUGGCAGUAGGCAUGUAUGAUGGCAACAUUGCCAUCUAUAAUGUACAGACUGCAGAACAGACACCCAUCACUGACAGCAGUGACUGCGCCAACAUGCACACGUGUCCGGUGUGGCAGCUCAGAUGGGUCGAUCAUGACACAGGUCUGGCUGGAGAGGAUAACGGAGAAAUGCUCAUCUCUGUAUCAGGUGAUGGACGAAUCAGCAAAUGGAUCCACUACAAAAGCCUGGAAUGUGUUGAUCUAAUGAAACUAAAGUCGCCCAACGUGAUAACAAACAAGCAGCGGUGGAACCCGAGAAUCUUAGCCCUGGCUCCGGGGCUGUGUUUCGAUUUCCAUCCUAAUGAUUCAAAAGUCUACCUGGCUGGAACAGAGGAAGGCAAUAUUCACAAGUGCUCUUAUUCAUACAAUGAGCAAUUCCUGGAAACUUACAAAGCCCACACAGGUCCUGUAUAUAAGGUUACAUGGUCACCAUUCUGUCCAGAUGUUUUCCUAAGUUGUUCCUCAGAUUGGACUAUUUAUCUGUGGAGGCAGGACCUCCCGAAACCCGUGCUGGGUUUCACCUCUGGUCAAAAGGUUGUGUUUGAUAUCAUGUGGUCCCCACACUGUGCUACUGUCUUUGGAGCUGUCCGAGAGGGCAAGGUGGAGAUCUGGGACCUGAGAGUCAGCAGUCUAGACCCGACGAUUGUGAGCGUGACCAGUCCAGGAGUGAAUCCGACAGCUCUGCUGUUCACCCCUGAGACGGACUGCGUUCUGGUGGGGGACAGUGAGGGACACGUCACUGUGUACAAGCUGAGGAACCUCCCAGCUGGAGGCAGCACACAGGUGGAGACGUUGGAGGAUGUAAUUUGGUCCACACUGUCCAGUCAACACACAUUAGGAAAGACUGACGGAAGCGCAUAGGAGGGUCAGGCUGUUUGUCUUUACCUCUCCAUCAUCGUAAUUUAUAUUCUCUGGCAGACUGAGCGACUCCUUUUUACAUAACAAUAAGAUCACAGCACAUUGCCUGUUUUUUGUGCUUCUUUGUAGGAAUAAAUACACUGCUGCAAAAUCUUUUUAGCCUUAAAACCUACACUAAAUGUGUAAAAACUUAUUUUUUGGUAAUUUUGAUUAGGUGAAUCUAUUUUUUAAAGCUUUUGGUCAUAAUGGGCAUUAUAACAACAUUGCUUGGUAAACUAUUUAACAAAAAGUAUUAAAUAUAUAUUGUAAAAAAGACAACAAAGAAUUUUGGAGAUAGCAGGUUUGUAUUUCAAACAGCAUUCAGGCAUUGAUUAGUAAGGAACAAAUAAUUGUCGUAAAGUACUAUACUAUAUUGUCAUACGGUAUUGUUUUUUUCCCGUGGGAAUCACAGGUAGAAUGUAAGUGUUUGUUCUAUGGUAAUGGACAGACAGUUUUAUAACCACUUGGCCGCCACACAUCACAGCUUAUCUACGACAAGAGAACCACAUCACACUUUUAGAAAUGACUCAUUACUGAAAUGUUUUUGUCUCUUACAUCUCAGAAAAAUCUAUCAUCUGAGCUUUUUAGUACAAAUCAAACAAUUUAGCGUUGAAGAUGCAACUCAGCUUAUAUAAGAGAGCUUUUAAAAAGAACAGCUGUGACAUUAUGACAGGAAAUGGAUCCUGCUGGUUUACUAAUGUAUAUGGGACUUUAAAUCUAUAUGGCAUAUGGUCAUUUAUACAUUUUAAAACACUUUCCCAAAUGGGGUUUUGUGGGACAAGUUGAUGUGCAUAAACAUUUGCUUCACUACCUUUUGCAGUCAAGUAAAUUAGGUAUAUUAUAUUAGGUAGGCUUUUUAAAAUUAAACUAAAAUGUAAUUAACAGA